GGAAAGCAGUCACGUAACCACCGUAGUUCAACGUUUAAGGUGUACCAUAUCAUAUCGUUUUGACCUUUUGAUUUUGGACAGAAAUGUUUGCGAAGAACUUGAGAUUGGGCCACUUUGUUUGUAUGACCGAGAAUGUUAUUGGAAAGACGCGUACGUUUUACUCAGCGGCGAAGAAAGAUUUCCCGCGAAUUUUGAUCACUGGUAGUUUGGGACAACUUGGACGUGGUCUUGCUAAAAUCUUAAGAGAUAAGUAUGGAAGGGAUAAUGUCAUCAUGUCAGACAUUGCAAAAGCAUCGUGGGAUGUUUUGGAGCGUGGUCCAUACAUUUAUGCUGACAUCCUGGACUUAAAAAACCUUCAGUCCAUUGUCGUCAAUGAACGCAUUGAUUGGCUGGUUCAUUUCAGUGCUAUUCUUAGUGCUGUGGGUGAACAGAAUGUGUCGCAAGCACUACAAGUAAAUGUUGAAGGUGUUCACAAUAUCUUUGAACUGUGCCGCAGAAAUAACUUGAGGCUGUUCUGCCCAAGCACAAUCGGAGCAUUUGGUCCUGAAACUCCGUCAAACCCCACCCCUGAUGUGACAGUUCAGAGGCCAAAGACCAUCUAUGGGGUCUCCAAAGUUCAUAUGGAACUUCUUGGAGAGUACUACCAUCACAAGUUUGGUUUGGAUUUCCGCUCAGCCAGAUUUCCAGGGGUCAUCUCAGCUGAGACUGCCCCAGGGGGUGGUACUACAGACUAUGCUGUCCACAUUUUCCAUGAGGCCUUAAGAACUGGCAAAUACAAAUGUUAUCUGCGCCCUGAUACAAGAAUGCCAAUGAUAUAUCUCCCAGAUUGCUUACGAGCAACUGUUGAGUUGUUAGAGGCACCCUCAGAUAAGUUAAAUUUGCGCACAUAUAAUAUCAGUGCCAUAAGCUUCACACCUGAAGAGCUGGCUGGUGCAAUACGAAAAUUCAUUCCAACUUUGAAAAUGGAAUAUGAACCUGAUGAAAGACAGGCUAUAGCUGAUAGUUGGCCUCAGGUUCUAGAAGACAGUAAUGCAAGGAAGGAUUGGAACUGGCAGCAUGUGUAUGAUCUUCCAGCAAUGACAUCAGCUAUGCUGGAAGCAUUAGCACCCAAGGGAAAAGUUAGCGCCUCCUCCAUGCUUUAAAUUCCACAUUCUUUACCUUCACUACCAUACUGGUCAGCCCUUAAACACCCACAAGUAGUGUUCUCUCUACCUAUUUGCUAGAUAAUGUAUUGAUAUUACAGGGAGAAGAUACAUGUUAAAAAAAAAGGCACACUAUAAAUAGGUUGACUCUGCCCCUUGGUUUCAGCUCAAAUGCAAAUUAUGCUGUGGUGAUGUUAUGCCAUGGCAAAGCAGAUCAUUUGAAUAUCAAAUUCACUGUAACAAAUAAACAUUGAUUGGAUGAAGGAGAUGUAAAUCUCAACAAAUUAAUUCUGUCUGCUGUUCACUCCCUUUAGAUUGGCUGCAGCUCAAGCUGUUUUGAAUAUAGAGGUCUGCAUGCCAUGACAGUUGAUUGACAAAUGAAUCAGAGGUACCUAAGGCACCUCUCCUUUCAUAACACGCUUUCAUGUGUAAGGGUUAGGCAUGCAGCUGGCCCAAAUAUUUUUUUUAAAUGUACAAAUAAUAACAAGUUAUAAUUAAUACAUUUUACCAUUGCUGUAUAUGUCAAUAGAAUAUUUAUCAGUAAACAGACCCAUUUCAGGUCCAUGCAAAUGAAGCCAAACCAUUGGAAAAAAUAGUAGAAAGUGAUUUUUUGUUUCUUCGAUGUUUACUCAGGUAAGUUUCAUUUGCCCCUCAGGUGGGCUACAUUUGCAUAGACGUGAAGUGGUUCCAUAAAACACUGCAGUUUGGAGAUAUUUUUCAAAACCACAUUGUUAAGAGUGAUUUUUAGGGUAUGAUAUUUACAGGGUACAGAGUGCAAGUGUAAGUUAUUAUUAUCUUAGAUUGUGGUUCUCUAGUAGAGAGAGUGUCAUGUUUUACUCAAAGUUUCUUACAUUGCAGUUAUUUAUGUGUACAUGUACCCACCCUCAAUAAAAGAACACUAAGGGA